AUGUCUUGGGCUAGCCUGGCUGCGCCGGCCCCUGGGGUCUCGUUCCUCGGGCUGACGCUCCUUGUGCUAGGCUUCCUCCUGACGACCAAGGUGAUCGCGCGCAUCGCGCACGGUCGCCGCGGCAUGGUCAUCGCCAACUCCACCAGCCGGAACUCCCCCCUGUGGGCGGGGUUCAUCGACCAUGCGCUGGCCCGGCCUGGGACCGCCCCCAGCCCGGCGGCCGCCGGGCUGCUGGCCUCCUGCCAAGGCUGGGCCCGGCACUAUCUGGAGCCGGUGUGGGUCCUGCUGGUGUCCUGGGUGCCGCUGGCCCUGAUCGGCGGCCAUAUGAACGAACUCUUCUUCCCGAUGCUGGCCCGGAAUGACGAUGGGUCCUUCCGGCCGGCCAAGCCGAAGGACGUGGCGGCCAACAUGGCUGCCGUCGGGGGGCCCCUGGCGCAGGCCUUCCAGCGGCGCGUGCUCUUCCCCCUGGCACGCACGCUGAACCUGGGCCUUGGGCACAUUCAGACGGUGUUCGCCGCGCUGGAGCACGACUGGCCCGGACCGCAGCUGCUCGAGCCGCAGCCGAGCCCGGCCGCCGGCUCGACGCCCUUUGUCCCGACCACCCUCGCCACCGGACGCCUGCCAUACGUGCGAGAGCAUGUCCAGCUCACCGGCGGCGCGGUCAUCUCCCUCGACUGGGCCGUGUGCGAUGCCGAGCGCGAUGACCUCACCCGGUGGCUGGGCUCCACCACGGUCGAAGCCGCGAUUGAGCAUGGCCCGGAUGAGGAGGAAGCCCUGCGUGCGUACCACGCCUGGAAGUCCCGCCCGGUGGUGCUCAUUCUCCAUGGUCUGUCCGGCAGCUCCGGCGAGGGGUAUGUCCAGGGGUUCAUCCGGCUGGCGGCGGUGUCCCUCGGCACCGAGGGCGUCGGCGGGGCGCACAGCGAUCCGCUGGCCGCCCCUCGGUAUGUGGUUCUCAAUGCGCGUGGCUGCGGCGACAGCCCAGUUCGCACGGCGCUCCUCUUCUGCGGGUCCUACACGGACGACCUGCGCACGGUGGUCCGCUACCUGCGCGAGUAUCGCAUGGUGCCCAACCCCUUCUGGGGCACGUACGACGAGGGGACCCCCGCCCCGGAACCGGCACCGACGACCUCCGCCUUGGACUCCUCCUCCUCCUCCUCCUCCUGCUCCUCGACCACCACCGCCACCGCCACCGCCACCGCCACGCCACCGGAGAUGUCCAUCCGCACCAAUACCCGCUGUCCGCCGCUGCUGGCGGUGGGCUUCUCCAUUGGUGCCAACAUCUUGCUGAACUUCACCGGCGAGUCGGCCGACCAGCGCUAUCGGGCAUCCUACUCGGCGACGGCCGUCCCACUGGUCGAUGCCGUGGCAUCGGUGUGCAACCCCUUCGACUUUGAGCUGUGCUCCAUCGCCCUGCAGGGUCUCGAUGGGAGCGUGGUUCCGCCGCUGCUCUUUGCCCCGGCCAUGACCGCCGGCCUGCGGACCAUGUUCAGCAACAUGGUAGAUGUCUUCCACCCGGAGGUGGAGGCCGACUCGGAUGACACCCCGGCCGGGGCCAUUCCCCUGGCGCCCUCGAUGUCGUCGGUCGACCGGCUGGCCUUCUUCCGGCCGGUGGCCGCCGAGGACGUUCUCAAUGCCCGGUCUCUGCGGCAGGUGGACAUGGCGCUGACCACGCGCCUGUUUGGCUUUGACCAGCCGGAGGACUAUUACAAUGACGCCGGGUGCCUGCAGCGCCUGCUCGGCAUUGCCCGGCCGACGCUCAUUCUCUCGGCUCUCAAUGAUCCGAUCGCGGUGCCCGAGGCCCUACCUUCGGACGAGGUGAUGAAAAAUCCCAACCUGGUGAUGGCCAUCACCGCCUCUGGCGGCCAUGUUGCCUGGCAUGAGACCGAUCCCGCUUGGCCGACGGCCGAUCGGUUUGGCCGCCGGAGCUGGUCCUCCCGGCCGCUGGUGUCCUACUUCUCCAUGAUCCUCCACAAGUACUUCCACAACACCCUGGAGAAGGAGGUCGCCUCGCUGGGCUACACCCCGGCCAAGAUCGAGCUUAGCAAUGCCAACCUCAAUGUUCGCGCGCGUUUGAACUUCCAGCCCGACACGCCAGGCAUGCCGGACAAUGCCCUCGAGUGGACUCCCCUGCUGCCGGAGCUCGGCCGGCACCAGCGCUUCCGGAUCUUCCCCCGAGUGCACCGGCUGGAUCCGAUCCACAGCCGGGCAAACUUCCUCCCCUGCGAGUGCCUGGCCCCGCUGGCCACGGACACCAGCCGCUCGGUGGCGUCUCUGCAAUUGCAGCGGCAGGUGGGCGCCGGCAGUGGCCCGGUCCCGGCAUCUUCGACCUCCAGCCGUCUGGACGGCCCGAUGCCCCCCUGCUCGUCGACCGCGCUCUACAAGCACGACGACCAGUGGAUCGUGGCCACAGACUGCCAGCCGCUGCCGAUCCUGGCCGUCGACAACCCGGACACCCUGCUGGCCACCUACGAGAGCCCGAUCGCUCGCUUUGCCCGUCUCGGCCUCAUCGGCGGCUUGACCAUCGGUGCGGCGGCCAUCAUUGUGCCCACGCUCCGGUCGUGGAUCAUGGUUUAA